AUACCAUCCCAUAUGGGGAUCUCAACAGCUAUAACACGAGGAUCAUACUUCAGGGAUAUUCCUAGCACGUGCCUGGAGCUCAUCUAUCAAGCAGUUCCACAGUAUUUGGAUUCAUGGGACAGUAAGAUUUUUCUUCUUCAGUUUUAUUGCUCCACUGACUUUAGCACCAGUGACGCGGUUAAGAGAGUAGCGCAGGGAUCUCUUGUAGUCCUGCUUUUCCUUCAAUAG